AUGGGGAGAAGAAAUGGUGAGAACUGUGGCACCACCCCACGUGUGUCGGACAUCUCUUGUGAGAACUUAUCUCACUGGAAUUUGGAUGUGGAAGUACCUGUUCCUGAAAAUCAAAUCCUCUCACCUGAAAGGGACAGUGCAGCAGGUGGCAAAAUUAACAAGAACCAUUUGGAAAUUCCAGUAGAGCAACUGAUGCUAGAACUUAAUUUGUCAGAGCAUGCCCACAAAAGAACACAGAAUAGUAAACAAGAGAUAUUUCAGUUAUGGAGUUACCCUCUUAAUGAAGGAAGCACGAUAGAGAACAGGGAAUUCAAAAAAUCUCCAAUGGAAACUGGCAUUCAUGUAACCAAUAAUCCCACAAAGCUCUUCACUCUGAACAACUUAUCAACAAGUGCUGCAGUUGAUAAGCAAGUCAGUUCUUACCCUGGGCUGCCGAUGCCAUUAGGUCUGUGCUGGCCCUACGCUGAUGGAGACUUUUUUAAGGAUAGAAAUGAGCUUCAUAUUAAUUCAUGUUCAAUUAUAGAAAACAACAAUGAUGAAACUUUAUCUGCUCCAAAUUGGAAUUUGAAAUAUGGAAACAGCAAUGUGGAAGAAAAUUUAACAGAUGAAAGUGAUUUAUCAGAAAAUGAGAAGGCGAAUGAUACUUUACUCAGCUAUUUCAGAAAGAUGGACCUGGACUUAAAGCCAGAAACAAUAGAAAACUCUGAAGAAUCUUUCACUGAGGAACCACAUGAAGUAUAUCCAUAUUCUGAUUUUCUCCCUCCUCCUUUUAAUACUCUGGACUUGCAUAAAUUAGCUCUCUCAAAAUCUGAAAACUGGAAAGCAACAAUGGAACCUCCAGAAAGCUCUAUUGAACACUUGAUAACUCGUUUACUGGAACUGGAAAGAUUACAACAUGCGACUAUACAAAAGGAGAAGCCAAGACUACAGACUACUUUCUGUACUCCAGCAGUUACUGAACAACCCUCUUCUUCCAAAGCCAUACCAAAAGUGAGACAGCCAAAACUCUCUGAGGCUUUGAGUCUUCAGACAUCUUGUGUAGAUAAGAGUCGAGAAAAAAGAAAAAACAAUUCUGGUUCAUGCAGGCUUGAACAGAAUGCUUCCAAAUGGAAUUGGAGCAAUGCUGGCAAAUAUAAAUGGAAUUCUAGACCACCAUCUCUAAAAAAUUCAUCAACCACAAAACAAUUGAUUGCAACUUAUGAAGACCUUAAGAAUCCCAAAAGUUCCAUUUUAAAUCCGUGCCAAGAACUCUCAUCCAAGCCUACUACUGCCCAAACAACUCAAUCACUGGCUAAAAUGGUCUCAACAAGAUGUCUGCCACCAAGGUCUCCAAUACCAGUUUCACCUGUACCUGUGUCUUUUCCUGAAAAUCAGAGGGAAGAAAUUAAGGCACCAAGGACCAAAACGAAACUUUACCGAAAAAAUAUAGUACUGAACAGACCAUUUUAUAUUCAGAAGCUAAACUCACCUUCAUUUAUAGCUGAUAAGUGUUUACCCAUUGACCAAAAAUAA